CAUUAAACCUCACCCCACGCUCCUUCCACUGCCCAGUGGUUACUUCAACUUUUCCCUCUCAUUAAACCCUAACCUCUCUCUCUCUCUCUCUCCAAUCUCGAUCACUUGCAAACCUUCACUCGCCUUGAUCGAUGGACUUCUGGGGAGUAGAAGUCAAAAGUGGAGAACCUUACCAUGUAGAACCUGGGCAAGGCUGGAUUGUGCAUCUUUCGCAGGCUUGUCUUGGUGAGUUCAAGAAGGACAAAGGCAGUGAACGUGUUUACCUUUAUGUGACUAUUGACGGCAAGAAGCUUGUCCUUGGAACACUUUCUCCAGAAAAGUUCCCGCAGCUACAAUUUGACUUGGUGUUUGACAAAAAAUUUGAGCUAUCGCACAACUGGAAAAAUGGCGUUGUCUACUUCUAUGGAUAUAAAUGCAAUACUCCAUUUGAUGACACAGAGGAUGAUUCUGAGUCUGAAUCUGAGGAGGAUCUUCCAGCUUUAGCAGUGGAUAAAGGAAAAGGCAGCUCACAGGCUAAACAUGAAAAACCUCCUGCAAUUGAGGAUGCUAAUAUGGCAAUGUCUAAUCAAGCUGCAGCAAAGCAAAAGGCAAAGGUAGUGGAGCCAAAGAAAGAUGCAAAAACUGUUGAAAAUGAUGAUGUGAGCAGUGAGGAUGGCAUUGAUACGGAAACAUCUGAUGAUGAAUUUGACUCAGAUGAGGACGAAGAUGAUUCUGAAAGUGAGGAUGAAGAGACCCCAGUGACGCUGAAGGUUGAACCAAGCAAGAAGAGGCCUCCAGAAUUGGCUGCUGAGACACGCGGUCCUGAUAAGAAGGCAAAAUUGGUUACUCCUCAAAAGACUGAUACGAAGAAAGGUGGAGGAAGUAGCGGUCAUGUGGCUACACCUCAUCCAUCAAAACAGGCUGGAAAAGCUCCCGCUAAUCAGCCAAAGCAGCAGACCCCGAAAUCCGCUGGAUCACAUCCAUGCAAGUCCUGUAACAGGUCAUUUAACUCAGAAAUUGGUUUACAAUCACAUACAAAGGCCAAGCACAGUGCUGGAAAGUAAAAUGGAGUUGAAGAGUGAGCUAUUGAGCCCUUUGGUUUAGGUGAUCUUGUUUUGUCUAUGGGAUGUGUAGAGAAAAUCAGCCAUCCAGUUAGGUACCUGCUGGUUCAUCUUAGUAAAUAAGGUAAUUCUAGUAUGUACUGGGCGUUGCUUUAUGUGCUGUAAAACUUUGGUGUCAAGUACACUAUGGAUGGAUAAUGCUAGCGUUGUCGUGGGUUUGGUUGCUCA